UCCUUCCUGAGGACCACCGUCACACUUCCGUCCAUCCCUUCCCUACCCGCUCCUCUAUAAAACCACUACCUCAUUUCUUCUUCUUCAUCUUCCCCACGCACAAACCCUAUCUCUUUCUAAUCUCUACUCUCCACCACACAUAAAACCCCAUAUGAUAUCUCAUUAGCCUCUUUUUUAGAUAACCUCAGUCCUUUUCUCCCCCUCUGCUUUCUUCUUUCUUUUUUCCUUGUUUUUAUUUCAAAGCAAAGAAAAUGGCUAUUCCUUGUCUUCCUCUGUUUGGUUCAGAAAAGCUGUCCAUGGAGGCAGGCCCAUUGUCUCCUCUCUCAUCACCACCCCAAGUUGUCCUCACCCAAGACGAGCUGAAAAAGAUUGCUGCUUACAAAGCCGUCGAGUUCGUCCAGUCCGGCAUGGUUCUUGGCCUCGGCACUGGCUCCACCGCCAAACACGCCGUCGACCGUAUUGCUGAUCUAUUGCGCAAAGGCAAAUUAAAGAACAUUAUUGGCAUACCCACUUCCAAAAAGACGCACCAACAAGCUUUGUCUCUAGGUAUUCCUUUAUCCGAUCUUGAUUCCCACCCCAUCGUCGAUCUAGCAAUCGACGGCGCAGAUGAAGUGGACUCCGAUCUCAAUUUGGUCAAGGGCCGAGGUGGGUCUUUACUCAGGGAGAAAAUGAUUGAAAGUGCUUGCAAAAAGUUUGUAGUUAUUGUAGACGAGUCUAAAUUGGUAUCCCAUAUUGGAGCCAAUGGGGCGAUGCCGGUUGAGAUUGUGCCUUUCUGUUGGAAAUUCACGCAAGAAAGGCUUCAACAGUUGUUCGACUACGCGAGUUGCAUGGCCAAGUUGAGGACUAAUAGCGGUGGAAAUGGUGAGCCUUUUGUUACUGAUAAUGGGAACUAUAUUGUGGACUUAUAUUUUAAGAAGGAUAUUGGUGAUUUAAGGGCUGCUAGCGAUGCUAUUCUGAGGCUAGCUGGGGUUGUGGAACAUGGAAUGUUUCUUGGUAUGGCAACUACUGUAAUUGUUGCAGGUGAGCUUGGGGUCACUAUCAAGAACAAGUAGAUUGACAUGGGUAUUUAACAAUUACACAAUUUUUUAUGGGUUACCAGUCAAAUUGGGAAAAUUUUAACUGGUUGGUAUUGUAACAGUAUUGACAUCAAUUAUGAGGAGAUAUUCUCCAUUAGUUUUGGUCAGAAAAUUUAGCAGGGAAGAUUAGGAGCUUUUAGGAUUCUGCUAGCGGCUGAAUAAUCAUCUUAUUGUGUAUCAGCUGCCAUCUUCUCUUCUUUUCAAAAUAAAAACUACGCUUCUUCUUAA